CUCCCACGCGCCAGCCCUAGCUCAAGGCGAGUCUUGUCCGGUCCGGUUGCCGCCGAUUCCCCCGAUUUCGUGCUGUGCGGGGCGGUACGAGUAUCUAGUGAAGCGCUUCGAGUCCCUUGUUCUGCGCGCUUCGGCGGCGAGACGAGGGAGGUCUUGGAGGAACCCUAGGAAUAAUCCUUCUUAGUGUUCCGUUACUUUCUCGCGGGCGAGACAGUUCAUCCGUGCUCCGUCGCGUUUUGAUUUCGCUCACACCAGUAGCUCGCAAACAACCGCGGAGGCCGGGGGUUUGGGCGUGUUUUGGCGAUUUUGAAUCCAGCUCGAAGGGGGUGGGGAAGCAUUUUCAUGUUUCCUGUAGCUUGUUAUUGGCGAGGAACGAAUGGGGCUUUUACAUUUACGCGCACUUUCAUAUACAAAGAUUUACGUUCGCUUGUUAUUGGUGACUUUUGACGAAUUUGCAAGUGAUUAAGGUUUCUUCCCAACUGGUGCGUGUUUUCCGGAUUGUUGGUGUGGUGCAAUUGAUUAAGUUUUUCUUCGGCCUUUUUCUGAUAUAGCCAUCGAGGACUUGGUUCGUCAGUAAAAUCUGCUUGGGAGUUGCACAAGGCUGUGCUUUCACAGGCUUCGGAUGUGGGUUCUGGCAUGUUGCUGAAUAUCAUCUUGGCUUUAUUUCCAGUUAAAUGUAGAGUAAAACAUCUAAAUCAGCAGAUUAUAUUCCAAUUCCAUAGGUUUUGCUGAAGCCUAUCCAAACAAUGAUAGUUACUUUAUAUAUAUGUGCUUGUUGGUCACAAAACGGACCUCAAGGCUUUUAAUGGUGUUUGGACAUCUCAAUGAUCUCAUCUGCUCUCCUUGUUUGACAUCUCAAUUUGGUCCUUUUCCCCGUCGUUAAUUUAUGUUAAAUAAUGGCAGCUGCAAAGUUGAUAUUUCUAGAAUGAGCGCUGGUUGUAGAGCCAUCGAUAGUUUUUGGAAUAAAUGCUUUUGAACCUAGAUUUGAUUUCCUUUCCUCUCAGACCUUUAUUUAAUGGGAUGGCAUGUUACUCUUGUGAAGUGUGUGCUCUUCCACUUCUAAAUUUUUUUUCUAUAGGUACUUCAAAAUAGAUCUGAGAUUGGUGAUCUUCGCCUAGGACGUUACUUGUUCGAACGGGAAACAACAUCCUUCUUUUCUCUCUCUUUUCCCCUGACAAACGUUUUCCAAGAACAUAAUCUGUAAAAUGUGCCAUUGCUACUUAUUGUACGGCAAGUGAUUCAGUUGUCUUGUCCUUCUAAAACAAUUUUCCAGACUCCUGUAAAAUGCCCUUUGUUACUGUAAGGAUCUGAUGCUUCGGUUCACAAUUUCAAAAGCACACUAAGCUAUUCCAGUGGAUGCCUCUGCAUGACUAUAAUUUUUGCGGGGUUGCUGGCAAUGCAUGCUAAAGCUUGUUAUAUGCUGUUCUGUUUGCGUGACAAUGUUGCUGCUCAUUACUGUAGAAGUCAUGUCAUAAGGCCCCAAACAGAAAUAGGAUAUUCAUCUAUGGACAUUGAUAGGCUCUCUUUUUAUGUUGUAGAUUGUGUAAAUUCCCAAGUUCAAUCACCAAUUUUCCCUCAAUGUCCUAGAAUAUACCGGCUUUCGAGUAGAUUUAUCAAUUAGAGUGACACUUCUAAAUUGCUUCAUUAUUUAUUGUGGCCAAAUUCUUCCAGAAUUUUCUCAGCACAAUCUUAUUUCUGGGAGGGCUAUUGAUAGCUCGUGUUUGGUUGGAGUUCCGUUGUAAGCACCAAAGUGAGGUUAUGUAUUGUUGCUCAUGUAGUAAUAGUUUUCUUGGUUUUUUCAUUUAUUUAUGGAAUUCAACUUGCUGAAUGGUUGUUGCUAUUGAUUGUUCAGUAGGUUCCUUUUCAACUUCUAAUACACAUCUUAUUUUCAUAUCUUCAAAAGGUCAGUCAAGAUAACAAGUUCUCUUAUUUUCAGCUUAUUAGGUUUAAGUAUGUUUAUACUUGCACUUGCAAUAAUAUACUUAUUCUGAGUUGGGACUAAUUUUUAAACACAUCUUCUUCAUACAUGGGACAAUGUGAUAUGUUUGCAAACCAUGUAUAAAAAAUUUGAUCAGUUAAUAACUUCUCAUAAAUUGAUGAGCUAAAUCAUGACUACUGGAAAGAGAACAAAAUGCUGGCACAAAUAUGAGUCUUGCUGAUUUUGUUUGUAAUUAUUUAGCAAUAUCCAUAUGGUUGGAUAAAUAUGUACCUAUACCCAUCCCACUUUGAUCGAAAUAUGCAAGGAUGAUGGUCCACUUGCAUCUGUGAGCAAAUGUCAAGUUUGCUUCACCACUUCAUUUCUAGCUUCUUUUUCUUGCUUAUUGCCUAUAUCAUGAUGUAAAGUGAGGAUAUACAUUUUUUUUACCAUAAUAUGUUCAUUAUCUGCUGGUUAUAAUCUUAUUCUGUCUUUUUCUUUAAAAGUACUGUAAUAUAACUUGAUCUUUGCAUAUGCUUAUAUACCUCUACCAAGUACUGACAGGAUUACCCAAUAUUUAUAGGAAUAGGCUGGACGUCUGCACAAAGCUGGUUUUCUUCAAAAAUGAUCCAGUUAGUAUCAUUCACAUUAUUAAUGUGAAGUGUCUCAUUGUAGAUUGACUUUUCUGAGUUCUGAUGACUUCCAUUGAUGUUGAACCUCGCUUUUCAUCUUCUUCUUCGGCGAAGAACAGCUUUGCGGAAUCAACAUUUGCUUUUCCACAACAAUCUUGCGAAGCAUCGCUUACUGUCACUGCUGUUGUUGUCGCCGCAAACACAGCAGAUAUCACAGUAUGUGAGGACAACCUCGAGCCCUAGCUUGUCGAUAUGGAGGAGGAAGAAGGAGAUCGGGAAAGAGGGUUUGAUUGUGGCCAAGGAGCUCAAGCGUAUCCAAUCCAACCCAGUCCGGCUCGACCGGUUCAUCAAGUCCCAUGUCUCACGGUUGCUCAAGUCUGAUCUCGUCUCUGUUCUUGCCGAGUUCCAGAGGCAGGAUCAGGUCUUUCUCUGCAUGAAGUUGUAUAAUGUGGUGCGCAAAGAGAUAUGGUAUCGGCCGGACAUGUUUUUCUACAGGGACAUGUUGAUGAUGCUUGCAAGGAACAAAAAUGUGGAUGAGGUGAGGCAUGUGUGGGAAGAUCUGAAAAGGGAAGAAGUUCUGUUUGAUCAGCACACUUUUGGGGACAUAAUGAGGGCUUUCUUGGAUAGCGGACUGCCCUCGGAGGCUAUGGAGAUAUAUGACGAAAUGAGACGGUCUCCUGAUCCUCCACUCUCGCUGCCUUUCCGUGUGAUACUGAAAGGGCUUAUUCCAUACCCAGAAUUGAGAGAGAGGGUGAAGGACGACUUCCUGGAGCUCUUUCCGGGUAUGAUUGUGUACGACCCACCUGAAGACUUGUUCGAAGAUCAAGAGUUGAUAAAGGAGAGUGAAGAUGAUUAGAUUUAGAGGUGCUCUUCAUGAACUGAUGUCGUAUAUCUUUGGACUCAUCACUCCUUUUUUAUAUUUACAAAAUGACUCUUCCUAAGGUACUCUUCAGUGCGUGAUUGCAUCCUUUUACCUAACAGCCAUGUCAAUUGAUUUUUUUGUCUUCCUCGAUUUUUCUAGUACUGUUUGGUAGAAAAUGACAAGUUUUGUUCUCUCUC